GCUUUUGUCUUCACUGUAUUAUUAGGAACAUUAUUUUUAAUUUUUUGAUCAAUAAUCUCCAAGAAUUCUCCUCCAAAUCUGCUCAUGUCGAGGUAAAGUCUUUGAACUUUAUUUUUUGUAAUGACAGUUUUGGGGUUUGAAACGCGUACAAAUUGUUUAUCGGAUAUUUUCAUUGCUUAGCAACAAACAGGGAAAUAUCCGAAAAAUAUCCGAAGUAAAACUCUCUUACUUGUACCACGUGACGGGAAAUGCCACCAUUUGAUUGGUCGAAAUUGGGAUGAAAAAAAUAAUCAUUAAUAAAAUCCCAUAUAUCCAUGGUACAUUAUUAAAGUUCGGCAAAGAACUGUUUGUGCGUUGCUAUGCAGUUUCUACAUAGCAACAGACAAUGCAUCAAUUUCGCUAAUGAUGUGGGAGGAAUUAUAUCAACUAGAUUGUGAUAUGACAAUGGAAACGCUUCACAAAAGAAAUUAAAUCAAUUGAAAGGAAGGAAUUUUGUCGAUACCACGUUCUAUUGAUACACAAGUCAACUUCAACCACCCCAAUUUCCAAUGGACGAUUUUUACAGUUUGUGUUUUUCUCCCAUUGCAACAAAAAAAAAAUUAGCUGAAGUAAUCGCCCGGUUUAUUCGGCUGAUAAAAACAACCAGACAGGAACAAUGGCAAGACUACGAAGCAGAUAAAACUCUCCUCUGCACUAUAAAAGUCCUUUCAUUCUGUGAUGAGGCACUGCAUCAUACAUCAUAUAGUUGGGGAUGGAAAGAAAAGAACAAUCAUCGAACUGUGACAACUUUUUAUUUCCAUAUAUUGAAGAUAUAUUUUUCUAUCUAUACUAACAAAAUGAUAAAAAUAGUGAUCAAAAUUGUUCACCAAGAAAAACUAUGGAAUUGCGAGGACCUAUGUCAACAUAUUAUUCAGGGUCUUCUCAAUUGUGGAAUUAAUCAAUAUGAAAUUAUCGACGGAUUAUUUAAUAAAACACUGUGUAGAAGUACAUCUUUGAAAGAUACCCGGACAAUUUUACGAAUGGUGUGUUCAACACUAGAAACCUAUUCAUGGGUUAAUAAUGAAGAUAGUGAAACAGUCAUUCAAAAGCUAUUAACACUAUAUCACAAUAGUCUCAGCCAUAAUUUUAACGAAAAGGAAGUGAUACUGAAAAAAGGUUUUGAAAUUUGUUUACUCGGUGCUAUCAAACAUCUAUCCAAUUACCAUCUAAUCUCAAUUCUCUCACAAAUGAGUUUAUGGGCCCUGGAAGAGCAAUUCCAUCAUGACGGAAUAAUUCUAGAGCUUACAAAUAUUUUAGAAUUCGCUGCCCAGUCUUACAAAAUGGAUGUAUUUGGGAAUCCCUUGACGAAAGAAUUAUUACUUCUCCUUUUAAAAAUGAUAUCCUCAGCAAAUUCAUCAGUAAGUCUCAUGGGAAAUCGAGUAUUUCAAAAUCUUAUUGACAGAAAACACAAUAAAUUGCAAUUUCAAACGAUAAAAUUAUACUUCGAGAAUAUUAAUUACAAUUUAGAAAUCAAUAAAAAUAAAGAGAAUGGCCAAGACUUUUUAAAAAAACACCGACAAGUUAUCCACCAAAGUUUUCUGCAAUGUGUGAUGAAUCACUACACAUCAAGAGUAAACCUUGAAGCCAGUUACUGCACUAUUUGUUUGAUAGCAAUAGAAGUUCCUUGCGGAUUCACUGCUGCAGCUUUAGCCUGCCUCUUAAUGAACAUUCAGGAUUUAACUCUCGAACACUUGGAUGCCAAUUAUUCUAUGAGUUAUCAUGUUCAUGCAAUGAUAUUGGCAACAAUGACAUUGAUCUGCUGGGUUCACAAAGCAAAAGUGUUUUAUGCUUAUGUCAACAAUGUUUUAAGAGAACGAGCCCAAUGGGCCCCACAUUUAAAUCCACCGUUAGCAACCCACUACGACUUAGCAAUACAUCAUGUUCUUUGGGACAAACCUGAAUUGUUUUUCAUCGACUGGGAAGUGCGCUUUGGACUUUGGAAAUGUUUUCGUCUACAAACAGGGAAUGAUCAUAAUAAAAGUAACUAAUACACUUUGAGAAGAACACAAAAAAACCAUCGUUUAAUCUUACAUAUUAAUUACAAUGUAUGCCAUUAAAUUAAUAUAUUAAUAUAAUACAAUUGCA